AUGUCUUGUUCAAGCAGGGCAAAAACCAAUUUUGGGAUGCCUUCUGAUCUGAGUGUGCACGAGGUGUUCAACAUUGACGAUGCAAUGUGUGAGAUUCUCGUUCGUCUACCACCGGAGACAAUCUACCAGCUGGUUCUGGUGUCAAAGCGAUGGCUUCAAGUUGUAUCCAGCCCACUCUUCCGUCGCACUUACCUCACCAAAUGGAAACCGAGCUUCCACCUGAUCGGCUUCUUCAUCUGCAACUCAACCUACCUCGGAAGACGCUUAGACAAAGGUCGUCGUCCUCGCUCUGAAGCCUCUCUGCCUCUGCUCUCCACAAGCACUGUAGGCGACGAGAUCGAAUCCUCUGGUGUUCUGAAGAAGCUUGGGUACUACAUUGACUCUUCGAACGGCGUUCUUCUCUGUGGCCGCCAUCCAAAAGCUUACUACUUGUGGGACCUCAACACGCGGCUGUAUCAUCAGAUUCCACGCCACAGAGUUCAUUUCGAGGAGCUUUGUAUGUCUUUGAUCACUGAGGAGUAUCAUGAUAAAGGUUUUAGCUACAAGGUGAUUCGUGCUGAGAGUGUCUCCUACAUAGCUCACAGCACGAAGGUGAAGAUAGAGACUUACGACUCUAAAACCACUACUUGGAGCUACUCUGAGCUGACUUGUUCUGAGGCUGUGUCUCUCACUCCGUGGACUCCGGGGAGAGUGAUCAAUGGUGUGGUUUAUUGGCAUGCCACAGGAGGUAGAGUUGCUAUCUAUGACUCAAACAGUGAGGAGAAACGCAUCGACACUAUGAAGCUACCGAAAACGUUUGACUACGAUGAACAAGUUCUGGGAGAGUCUGAUGAUGGGUGUCUGCAAUAUGGAUGGAGCAACAAGUCGGUAAUGGAGAUAUGGAAGCUUGAGAAAGUGGAGAAUGUGCUUGAGUGGAAGAUUCAGUUUAAGCUGAAUUUCAAGGCGAUGUGGAAGAAGAACCCAGUGGAAGCUAAAAGGUUCAGCACUCGGAGUAAAGAGACGCAGCUGCUUGCUUUCCUCAACAAGAAAUCGGACUCCGUUUUCAUCAGAUGUGCCCCACACAUCUUCAUCUAUGAUAGAGAGACUCAAAAGGUUGAAGAAGUUCAGUACCACGGACGAGGAUCGUCAUAUGUUUGGGAAUACUGCAAAGUCUUGCCUUACUUUCGACUCUCUUGGCCUUCGUCUUCUCUGUUGGAGAAAACAUCAUGUGAUGGUCAAAACUCCUCAGUCCUCGAUCAGAUGUCUCUUUCUCAGUAA